CCCGAAUUGCGAUUCAUUCCAUUCCAACCAUAACCUAAAAUUCACCAAUUUCUGUAAGUAAACUACAGUUUUAAAAUGUUGUAAGCCCUCAAAACAAACAAUAUAUAUCAGAAUGGGAGACAGUAAUAACGAUAAAAAUAAAAAUAUGGACAAUCUAGAGACAGCUGUGACGUUGGAACCAGUAGACGUCCGUGAAUCACUCGUGCAAACCGCGGUGCAAUUUUUGCAAAACCCAAAAACAAGGGGAUCUUCACUCAAGUUGAAGAUUAUGUUUUUGAAAAAGAAAGGACUGACGGAAGAUGAAAUACAAUUGGCCAUUGACAGGUCUGGUACUGCUCUCUAUGAGGAAGCCAAGAACAGCGUACGGGAAGCUUCGCGUCCUCCCACCGCACCUUCGCUGCCUCCAAAUCUUGGUUACAAUUUCCGCCAACAGAUGGCUUCAACGUCGCAGCCGCGGUCCCCAUUUGAAAUUGUGAAGGAUAUUGCCAACACUGUUGUGGCUCUCGGCGGCUUAGGAUACUUGGUCUACUGGUUUUAUAAGACUUUUAUCCAACCGUGGCUGUUCGGCAAAUCGACAAAGAAGAAGAAACCGGAUGAUGGAGACGCUGUGACCUUGGCAGAGGUGAAACGCGAACUGCAGCAGGGAUUGGCCCGAGUCAGCCGCGACCUUGACGCGCUGGCCAAUCAGAGAGCAGCUGACCGGUCACGUGACAUGCAGGAGUUGAGUGGCCAGGUGGCCACUGUCAAAGGGCUACUGCUCAAUCGGUCACAAUUCCCAUCAGUGCCGCCAACCUCGCUCGGCUCGCCGGCAAAAAUUCCCAGCUGGCAGUUGGCAGCUGAGAAGGACGAGGAGCAGGUUGGCAACCCUGCAGUGGCGCACCAACAACAGCUGAUUGACAACAAGAUGGCCGCCAACGAACUGGAACAGAAGGAGAAGGAGGAUCAGGAGGAGGAAGAGGAAGAGGAGGAGGAAGAAGAGGAGGAUGAGUCGAGUAAAUCUGCGGCAGAGGCGAGUGAUAGCAGUCUGGAGAUGAUUAACAGUAUUACCAACCAUCGAGAUUGAAAUUGUAGAUGUCAAUAUUGAUGGGAAAAUUCAAACGGUUUCAUGGAAAUAUUCGAAAUGUUGAUUGGGAUACUAUAAAUAUUGAAAUGCAUUUCAAAUAUACAGAGUGA